UCUGACGGAAAAAAGUCAAAAAAGAAGAAGAAAUCAGAGAAGAAGAAGUCAAAGAAGGCUAGGAAAUUAGAGGAAAAGAAGUCAGAGAAGGACAAAUCGACUAUUGACUUGAAAAAGGAAGCAAAAAAGCCAAAGAAGCGCCAGGUAGAAAGUGACUCGUCUUCAGAUGAAGGGGUGGUAGAUGCAACACCAGUUAAGAAGUCCAAGAAGGGGGGCAGUCGUUUGAGAAAUGCCGACGGAGAAGAGAUGUUCGAAUUGGGAUGGAUGCGAUAUGUGACGGCUAGAAAUUACAGAGGAAAGAUGCUCGUUGAUAUUCGUGAAUUCUAUUCAGAUAGAGAUUCAGGUGUGCUGCGUCCAUCCAAGAAAGGCAUUAGUCUCACUAAGCAGCAGUACGAGAAUUCAAAGCUUUGUUCUGUUCAGGAACGAAAUCGUGCCGUGGACAGCCCCUUGGGCCACCUGGACCCAUCCCGAAUAACUCACAUGGUCGUUGAUCAAGUUGGUCUUGGUGGUCCGGCUGUUCAUCCCGACAAUGAA